AUGGCAUUUAGGCCCGCCCUCAUUGUGGUCGACAUGCAAAAUGAUUUCUGUCCUCCCGACGGCUCACUUGCAGUCUCGGGAGGGCGAGAAAUUGUGCCCUUGAUCAACCGCCUCCUUGAAUCGCCGCAUUUUGUCUUGAAAGUGGCCACGCAAGACUGGCACCCAACUAACCAUGUAUCAUUUGCGACAAAUCACUCUGCUCCUGACAACAAACCCUUCGAGUCUUUUGUCACCGUGCGUAAUCUGGUUGGCAACAAACCAGACGAGACGAUGCAGCAAAGACUGUGGCCCGUUCACUGUGUGCAAGGUACGAAAGGCGCUGAGAUCAUUCCAGAAAUCAAUCUCUCCGAUAUACGCUUCACGGUCCAAAAAGGCCAGGAUCCAGGGGUCGAGAUGUACUCUGCCUUCUCAGACUCUUUUGGCAAUUUGACAUUUGGUGCUGGAGGGGUGAGUCACGACCUUGCGAAAGAACUGGCCGCUGAAAACAUAUCUCACGUCUAUGUUGUCGGCCUUGCCGGAGACUAUUGUGUCAAAGACACUGCCCUUGGAUCGGCAAAAGCAGGGUUCACUACAUAUGUUAUAGAGGAAGCCCAAAGAUGUGUGGAUCCCAGCACAUGGAUGAAUGUCAGGGACGCUCUGGCACAGGGCUCUGUGACUGUGGUCAGUGUCGACACCGAAGAGGUUCAACGAGUCCUCGGCUCCUGA